CUGUGUAAGAUAAAAGCAGCAGAAACAGAAAUGAAAUUUGGAUGCUUUUGUGACCUUUCAGCUCAUCUAAGGACCAAACUCCAAUAUACACAUCACACCAAAUUUUAUAAUAACAAUAAGUACGGAGUACAUAUGGCCAUGUGACUCUCAGAUUCGAUCACUAGGUACGCAUCUCUAUGCAAUUAUUGCAUUCUGUGUUUAUAAUUGCAAAUAUUUUCAUUUGUUCAUCCACCACUCAAACAUGUGGAACAAUCUUCCUUCUGAUUUGCUAUCCAACGUGUUCUCCUACCUCCCUCCACACUCCUUGGCACGUGCCAUGGUCACAUGCCGCCACUGGCACGACUGUGGCCGGUCCACCACCAGCCGCCACCAACACCCGCCAUGGUUUGUUGCCUUACCCACCCGCACCCGCAACUUGUGUUUUGUUCAUAACCCAAUUGAGAGCACUUGGCACCUGCUCGGUUUGAAACAUGUUCCUAGCCUCACCCGGCCCGUGUCCACUAUACCAGGACACGGGUUAAUUCUGUUUAAAUCGACUGGCAGCGUACCCGUACAGCUGUCGGUGUGUGACCCGUUCACUGGUCGAUUCCGCCACCUUCCCCAGCUGCAGAAACCAAGGACUAAUCCGGCAGUGGGAGUCAUAGAGGUUUGUCCCAGCAGGUGUAAAAUCUACGUGGCGGGUGGGAUGUCCGAGGCGGAAAGUGGUGGUGCCGCCUCAUAUGAACCAACGUUAGAAAUGUUCGAUUCCAGAAGUGAUAACUGGACGAUUAUAGGUUCCAUGCCGGUAGAAUUUGCUGUGAGGCUUACUGUAUGGACCCCAAACGAGAGUGUCUACUCACGUGGGGUCCUCUACUGGAUGACCUCAGCCCGCGCAUAUAGUAUAAUGGGCUUUGAUAUGAGUUCCAACAAAUGGAAAGAGCUCAAUGUGCCAAUGGGUGACACACUCGAAUUCGCAGCCAUGGUCCCACGAGACGGCAAGUUGGCGGUUAUCGGCGGGACCCAUGACGGAAAUGUCUUAGUUUGGGAGCUAGGAGAGGAUGAUAAAUGGAAUGUUAUUGAAAGAAUGCCAGCCGAAUUAGGGAAAAGAUUUGUUGGUGGCAGUACAAAGUGUGUGGGAAUUGAAGGAGGUGUGUGUUUAUACAAGGAAAUUGCUAAAGAAAUGGUCAUGUGGAGAAGAGAUGGAAAUCACAAGAAUAAAUGGGAAUGGUAUUCGAUUGAAGGUUGUAAUCAGAUAAGCGGAAAACGAUUAGAAAAUUACCCGAUUAAAGGACUAUUUCUUCAUCCAAAUCUUGCUUGUUCUUCUUCAUUCUUUUAGGAGUUGCAGUUGUAUAUAACAAAUAAAUGCUGCAAACCCAGAAUGAGUCAAGUGUUCAAGAUGAACCUGCCAGAAGCUUUUCUACAUUUCAAUACAUGAUUACCAUUUUGUAUAUCGUUGUAUAAUACUAUAAUGUAAUUAUGUGGUAUUUCAAUUCGUGCAUAAAGAGAAAACUUUUGGUUAUCAA